GACUUCGUCGAAUUGCUUUUCACGUAACGUACCGCGGUUUAGCCCGAGCAGCAACCUAGUUAGUCCGUCUGCCCCCAUGUAACAAGGAGAAAAAAAAUGUUCAACAAAAAAACCCGGAGGAACUUUCGGCAGAGAAAAGAGAACUCCAGUGAUGAGGAGGACGAGCAGAGGAGCAGAGGAGAAGGAGAGGGACACGAACAAGCUCCUGCUGCGGCAAAUAAGCCCAAACUGGCCCAGGGCCGCGGCAUUACUUGCAGCUCCAAGCGGGAAACGACGCCUCCCAAGCCGGACAGCAGUGACGGAGAAGACGGGGAGACCUCGGAAGUGACAGAAGAAAGAGGAGAGAAGAACAAAGACAAAGAUGGGUUUAAGAAGAAAGCAAAAACCCUUCUCAGUUUUUCUAACGAUAAAGAAGCUGAGGAACCAACAUUUAAACUGAAGAAAUCCUCUGAUAAAGCUGUGCUGUUCCAAGUCAGGAGGAAGCAGGGUUCAUCUGCCAAUACCAGCCAAAGCACAGCCUCAGCAAGUGGAGGUGUCACAACAUCUGCUUCUCCCAGGCAAAAUGAUGACACUCAGGCUUCACCAUGUGCCAUGCACCAUAAUGAUGAUGACGAAAAUUAUGUCGAUGACACAGAUCUCAGUUCUCUCUCAGAGGCCUCAGACUCAGACUCCAGCUGCUCCGCUACUAAACCAAUAGUUAUCCCUAAAGCUGAAGAGAUCAAGGCAGCCAGGCGGCAGCGUCACACCACUCGAGCCCAGAAAGAAUUCAUUUCCCUGGGUAGAGACGGACACAGCUCCGCUGGUAGCACCCCAGAUCACUACAGUAGGGAAGAUGACGAGGAAAGAGUUGUUGAUGAUGAUGAUGAGCCAGACGAUCAUGAGAGAAGAAUCGAGUUCGCCCCAAGACUGAAGAGCAUUAGGGAGAGGAUUGCAGAGAAAUUUGGAGAAAGUGAUGGCAGUCGCUCAGGAACUGAUGGAGAAGAGCAGGAACUUUGGGAGGAGACACAAAUUGAGAAGGGAGUCAAGAGGCAGCCAGGAGGACAGAGCCCAUCUGGCAGUGAAUCCAGCAGCUACAGCAGCAGCAGCUGCAGCAGGCGAGAGAGAAGACGACAAAAGAAGAGAGUCAGAAUCCCAACUCUUCCUUACAUUAAUAUCUCAAUGGUCAAGAAGAGAAUCACUGGAAAACUAGACUCUCUGAAGGAGGUGCACAGAGCACGGCAGGCAGAGCUGAGGAGGAUGGAGGGCGAUGUUGAGAACGCUAAAAUGUCCGCGGAGACUCUGGAGGAAAGUUCCUCAGAGAGACAGCUGAUGUUUUAUAGGACCAUGACCAUCUAUGUCCACAACCUGGUGGAGUGUCUACGGGAGAAGGUUAUUGAGAUCAACUCACUGGAACUGGAGUUGCACUCUCUGUUGUCUGACCAGAUGGAUGUGAUGCUAGCACAGAGACAACAGAGGAUCAAGGAGCAGGCUGACCGCCUGCAGCAGCUCAGCUAUAACAAAGAUGAACAGAGUUGCAGCUCCAGCAAUAGAACAGAAACUCAAGCCGAGGUAGCAUCUGAUGUUGAAGCUGAACAAGAGGCUGAUAUACCUGAAGACCCACAGCCCUCAGCCGAAGAGGAGGAGCAGCUGCAGAAGACAAUAGCUGAUAUCCUCUUGAGAGCCCAGGCAGUGUUUUCUGAUGUCCAGAAUGAGUUCUCCGACGUUAAGAAGAUUCUGUCCCGAUUUGAAGAAUGGAGAGGAUGUUACUCUGACUCCUACCACAGUGCCUACAUCUCUCUCUGUCUGCCCAAGCUGUUGAACCCCAUCAUCAGACAUCACUUACUGGCCUGGAGCCCUCUAAAGAACGAUUGUGGGGACUUUGAAAACCACCCGUGGUUCACAGCUGUUGAGACCUUUUGUCAUGGUCAUGGCCACGAGGAGCUAGAGCACACAGACAGACAGACACUGUCUAAUGUCAUAGAAAAGACUGUCCUACCCAAAAUAACAGCCUAUGUGGAGCUGGUGUGGGAUCCCAUGUCCCGCCAUCAGUCAGUCUGUCUGUCGGAUGUUUGUCACAGACUGAAGGAGGACUAUUCCAUCUUCGAAGGAGAGCAAAGUAAACCAGUCAAGGCAUUCAAAGAGGCUGUGAUCAGACGACUGAGGAGCUGUGUAGAUGAAGAUGUCUUCAUCCCUCUGUACCCCAAAGAGUUCCUAGAAGACAGGUUGUCUCCUCAGUGUCUCUUCAGGGAUCAACAGUUCUGGACAGCCAUAAAACUACUAGGCAACAUGGAAAAAUGGGAUUUUCUGCUUCCUGAGUCUGCUUUGAAGGAACUGAUGUUGGACAAACUACUGAACCGAUACCUGAUGAUCACCGUGUGCAGUCAGACGCUGUACAGUGCUGUACAUGCAUGCAGAAAGAUAGGAGAUAGUCUGCCACUCUCUUGGUUCAAAGGAGAGAAUGCAUGUUUGCCUCAGCUCCUGAAUUUCCGAAACCACCUGGUUCAGGAAGUUCAUACCAUCUGCAAACAGCAGCCUCCUAAAGAGCCAAACACUAGGUCUUCUGUGGUGGAAGUGUUGCAGAUUCUGAGUAGAAUCAGGUGCAAUGACUCCAUCAUGGCAAUAGCAGAGAAAUACCACUAUGAAGAUGUCAUCUAUGCUCAUCAGCUGCUGAACCAAGACACCAUAUGAACAUUGAUUGGGUUUAAACCGCAAACAAAGUACACUGUUACUUUUCAAAGACAUUGUACAGCAGGAGAGGAACGGAGUUGACUCUGCCUUGUGAAGUAGAGGGUUAAAUAUAGAGCCAUGAGGGCAAGUAUGUCUCCUUAUGGUCAAUAACCACCGCUUGUCAGACCAGCACCGUUUGCAUACUGUAUAUACAAGUCUGUGAGAGGUGGAGCAUAAAGUAUGAGCCAACCAAUGGUACCAAUGAUUUGUUUAAUAAAGGACACUGCCAAGAAGUGUAGGGAAUAAUUCCCCCUCCUACAUUUUAUUUUAAUCAGUCUGUUUUGUACAGGAAAACUAUUUGUAUGAAUAAAAAGUUGUUUUAUUUAGAUUCUA